AUGGAGCAAGUCGCUUCCGGGAGUGGUCAGCAAACACCACGGAGAAAGUGGAGAUAUUUGAAGGCGAUGUCCUUUAUGGAAAAGACUCCAAAUUCCAGGCGUUUCCAAUCCCUUUUGCAGAAAAAGAACAGUUACGCUUUCGCGAAGUUUCUUGAGUCGGCAGGCGCAAGCAUAUCUACAAUGAUUGGCGAAUCUCGUAAGACUAAGACUAAUUCCACCGCACAACAUUUUGCAUCCUUGGCAGCAAAAAUUACAGAAUCCGGUCUUCCGUCAAACAUGGUUACACAAAUAGAGGCAAGAGAAUCGGCUUUUGUGUUUGAGGAAAUAAAUAAUUAUUUAAGUUACAAAUAUUGCCUCCCGCGUUGAAAUGUCGUCGCCCGAGGAAAGUGCUGU